AUGAAACCGCUCCCCAGAACUCGACCGUCUCCGUCCACCGGCACCGAUGACGGCUGGUCCGAGGAGGCCACAUUCACACUCAUUGACGCCUGGGGCAAACUUUACAAGACGCUUAACCCUAGAAACCUCCGUCAGUAUCACUGGAAGGAGGUCGCAAAAGCCGUCAACGACAAUCACGCCUUCGUCAGAAAAGCGCGCCGCUCUUACGAUCAGUGCAAAAGCCGCAUCAACGCGCUCAAGAAGAGGUACGCUACCGAGAAAGCUAAGGUUUCUGAUUCCGGCAACUACGACUACGCAUGGCCCUUUUUCGAGAAAAUCAAUUCCGUCAUUGGAGAUGUUUUACCGGUGAAGCAGCCAUCACUAUCGCCGCCGGUUGUCACUUCUGUUAGGGCUUCGGCAUGGGCGCUUGCUCCGGUUGGUCGCCGAUCUUGGACUCAGAGUCAGAGCAGUCUAAAACGACCUGCGCCGGAGAUAACAUCUCCUUCGGAGAGCUUGGGUGAAUCGCGUUUUAAUCGGAAUUUAGCUGCCUUUGCUGCAGCAGCUGCUGCAGCCGCGGAAGAGGAGAUUGAUGAUUCGAAUUCCGAUAACUCAGAUUCAGAUUAUUUGGAGUUGAGCAAUGAGAGUGAGAAGAGGAAGAGGGGAAGAAAUGAUAUGGAAUUUGGGCAUAGAGAGGUUGCAAGUGCUACAGACAAGUUUAGUGAGAUACAUGAGAGAGUGGACGCAUCGAAGCAGAGAAAAAAUGUGGCUUUGGAGAAACAGAAGAUGCAAUUUUCGAAGGAUUCUCAGAGAAUGCAGCUUCAUAAAAUCAACCACUCAAAACACAUGGAUGAUCUCUUGGCUCAUUCCAGAAGUGGUUUAGAUACUCAGUCUACCAACAGAAAGCGUAAACGUGGUCCCACACAAAUGAAAAAGUUAGCACUUAUUGAUGGACAAAGGAUACCGAUUGAAUUUAAUCAAUUAACGGAUGAGGACGUGAAAGAUGACAUUUGGACAAGCAUCUUGGAAAUAUGGGAUGUUCCUAAUUCUGGGUUCUUACGUAAAAAAUUGAUGUCUUAUGUGGGUGAACGUUGGAGGAAUUUUAAGACUCAUUUGACUUCCAAAUAUGUACAUGGAGAUCUGAGUGAUAUAUCUCCUCUUGAGGUCUAUAGUUUUCUAACUGAAGAAAUAUGGGAGGAGUUUGUUCAAAUGCGAUUGGACCCUUCCUUUCAGGAGAAAAGAAAGAAAGCGCAAAUCAGUUCUUUUCUAAACAAACACCCUCACAGAUUGUCUCGUGGGGGAUAUGAGUUGCUCGAGGAGAAGAUAAUGCAAGAGAAAUUAAAACAAAAAGACGAAUCAUCGGGAGAUUCAGUAAUUGCACCUCCAUCUCCACCAGCACGCCAUGAACAAUGGAAGAAAGCUCGACAAAAUGCAUCAGGAGAUUACAUAACAGAGGACACACGCAUCAUUGCUGAGAAAAUUGAUUCUCUUGUUGAAAAAGCAUCUCAAGGAGCUUUUGUUCCACAAGGACGUAAAGAUAUUUUGGCAGAAGCCAUUGGCCGUCCUGACCACUCUGGUGGUGUUCGUGGUGUUGGUCGUGGUGUCGGUAUUCGACAAUACUUUGGACCACAUUCACGUGAAGCCUCCACUCCACCUGUUUUUAGUAGCAAACAAAUAGAGACCAUAAAAGUGGAGCUUACUGAACAAAUUAGAGAGCAAUUGAUACAUGAUUUGUCAUCUAUGGGUUUCUCUAAGAUUUUACCAGCUAGUUCUCCUAAUAACAUUGUGCCUGCGUGCCCGAAGGGUAGUCACUCCAUUGAGCCGCCUAUACCAGAGGAGGAGGAAAUCCCAAAAGAAUGUGAACUGUAUGUUGAUAAUUUAAUUCAUGCCGUGGCCUUUGGUAGUGUUUACAAGUUAGGGCUCACCAUACAUAAUCAAAUGCUAGAAAAGGAUAUGGUGAGGGUGGUAGUUAACGAGGUCCUAGAUGCAAAUGCUCAAGUGCCUAUGCCCACAGAUGAAGUGGAAACGGUUGGGCACGCUCUUAACAAUUUUAUUCAAUGGCCGAAAAGACUUGUGCAAAUUAUUUCUGAUAAGGAUGCUGAUGGAUCUGGGGAAGAGGACAUUUCAGCCAAAAGGGUGGACCCUCAACUAGAUUCAGUUCAACAAUUGGUUUUAAAGGCAAUGUGUAUGUCAGAAUCUAUAAAGCUCGAAUUGGAACACGAAAGGAUGAAGUUUCUCUGGCUCUCACAGAGAGAUAUUAUGGAAUUGUGUAUGGGCAAACAAGAGUUAUCCAUAACUGUUCUACGAUUGUGGCUAACGUAUUUGAAUCGCCUUUCUAUUAAUGAGGGUAAGAGUGACUUGUAUGGAUUUAUUGAUCCAUGUUUUAUUCAAAGUCCACAUGAUCCAACUAAAGCUGAAGCCUACAUACAGAAUAAGUUAUACAAUGAUAAAAAAGAGUGUUACCUAGCUCCUUAUCACAACAACCGUCAUUGGCAAUUGCUCAUUGUUUGCCCUAAGAAGAAUCAUGUAGUAUUCCCAUGUUCGUUGGAAAAAAAACCAGAUAAAAAUAUUAUUCACACUAUAGAUACAGCUUUUGAUGGAUAUCAUAAGCUGCAAGGUGUUCAAAAGAAGAAGCCAAUAUGGAAUGUCCCCGUCUGUCAAAGACAGCCUGGUACUUAUGAAAGCGGCUACUAUAUUAUGAUACAUAUGUUGAACAUUGUAUCUGGUGGUAUUAUUGAUCCAUGGAAGAAGAAGGUAUUUGGAAAUUCAGAACCAUUCCAUGAGGAUGAACUUAUAAACGUUCGACAACGUUUUGCUAGUUUUAUUCUAGAGUAUAUUCUAUAA